AUGGAUAGAAAGAGAUUAGCAGUUAGUAUAUUACAAUUCUUAAAAUCAACAUUACCAUCCUUGUCAGAGGAUAGUGCAGAAAGUCUUUCUGUAUCUAUUGAUUGUAUCAGAGAUGCCUUUGGAGUAGAUGAAUCAGAUGUUCAAUUACAAUCAUCUCAAUCUUUACAAGAAAUAUUCAAUGCUCAUGCUGCUCCUGCAACAACCUCUACUACUUCUACUAGUUCAUUACCAGAUUUGCUAAAGGAGAUCAUGUCUGAUAUUCCAGAUCAAUUACAUCCAUCAUUUAAAAGCUAUAUUGAUAUUCUUCAAAGCAAGAAUGCUUUUGCUGAUCCAUCUCAAAUCGAGACAGUAUUAAAAUUCUCAAAGGAAAAGUUUGUAGAGAGUAAGAUGACAGAGAUUAAAGCAAUUGCAGAGGCAAUCAAGGUUGAAGGAAACACCAAAUUGAGUGCACAAGAUUUCCAAGGUGCUGUUGAAGCAUACACCAAGGCCAUUAAAUAUGAUGGUAGCAAUGCCAUCUACUAUGCCAAUCGUUCAUCUGCAUUUACCAACCUCAAGAUGUUUGACAAUGCCGUUCAAGAUGCCAACGAAGCCAUCAAGAGAAACCCAUCCUAUGGAAAGGCAUACUUUAGAUUAGGAUCUGCUCUCUUCUCACUCGGUCAAAACCAAGAAUCUGUCGAUGCAUUCCGCAAGUCUAUCGAGUUGGAACCAAAUAAUGAAGUCUACAAGGCUUCACUCCAACAAGCAGAGUCCAAAUUGGGUAGUGUUGGUAGUGUCUCAUCACCACCAGCAGGUGGUAUGCCAGACCUUGGUGGUAUGGAUCUUGGUAACUUGUCAGGCCUCUUGAGCAAUCCAAUGAUGCAAAACAUGGCUAAAAACCUCAUGUCCAAUCCACAAAUGCAACAAAUGAUGCAAAAUGGUAAUCUUGAAGAUAUGGCUCAAAAUAUGAUGAAGAAUCCAGAAUUUAUGAAUAUGUUUGGUAGUAUGAUGGAUUAA